AUGUGGAAUAUGAAGCAUUUUUCUAGGGCGGCUACAGAGGAUAGGUGUUACAGAGGCCCUGAGCAGUGUUUUAAUCCGCGAAACUGCCAAGGCGGACAUACGAGAUAUUAUUCUAGAGCCGCGAUUCGCAAGGAAAGUGGUUACCGAAUCGUCGGCGGGAUUAAGAAGACGAAAAUACCAGGUUUGAAACAGAGUAUCUGCGGCUGCCCCGGACCGUCGCAAUUUUCGCUUGCAGUUGUUACUCUUCUCUUCAUUUUGUCAUGCGUCUCGCUCGUUUAUACGAUUCUGAUCGUCUGCCCUGGAAUGAAGUCAUAUUAUUUCGCCGAAACAAACUGUACUGUCAUGGAGUCUCGUAUAAAUGGAGAAGUCUUAUGUCCAGGAAAGGGCCCUGACAAAACUCAAUCAAACUCCUUAGAGAACCAUCAUCAUGGCCAAAUGAGUGACAAAUGUCCUUCACCGAGCACUUUGAAAUGUCUUGAAAUCGUGGUAGCUGUCGAGCCGAAUUACGGAGAACAGCCUUAUUACCUGCUCCAUCCGAACGAGUAUUCAUUUGUUACUGACAUUCUCAGCUGUAGUUAUCAUCCGCCAGAAUGCGCUUGCAACAACACCAUCAUCAAUUUAUCAGUUGAUUUCUACAAACUCGAGUGGGGACGCCCCGGUCAGCAAUUUCCAUGCUUUCAGUCUACAGAGAACCCACUUCACGUGGCAAAAGACCGCGCCAUCAAAACUUCUCAAAUGGUCCACGCCACACUUUGGCCAGCUCUUGGAAUUUCGACCGCGUUUAUUGGAUGCACGAUUUUCUGGUUCUUCAAUAAUGGCAAAACUCAACGAUUAUUCAUUUACAAUUCCUUUGCGCAAAAUUGA